GGUCACUCUGAAGGGAAUAGAGCCGUUACAAAAAGACCUCCAGUAAAAUGUUCGCCAAAGCCAAACCCCGAACUCCGUUGGGCAACAGCCACGCUAAGUUCAAGGACCAACUGGCUAAUAAUACCUCCCAACAGAGUCUCAGCUUUCCGACGGCCGCUCAACUUUUGCGCAAAAAUAACAGCCAGCUGCGACAAACAAAACUGAUCAUCUCUCGCAAGGACAACAAACUGAGGUACGAUGGUUUUGUGGAGGAGGAGGCCGAAAUGCGGCCCAAGAAGGAGUUUGUCUACGUUCCAACUCCGAGGACACAGGAAAAGCCCCGUUGCGAAGUCUCCGCCAAAAAGGAUGGAAAAGUAGGGUUGCCAAGUUGCCCGAUGUCCCAGCCAGGACGAAAUUUAAUUAGCUUGAUCGGUCACGUGGACUUCUGCCUUAAAACCCACAAAAUGUAUCCAGAUAUCAACGCCAUUUGGAAUGUCUACGGAAAAUUGCUGCGCAUUAUUGAGGGAAAACGUGGGGAGUACACUUUACUCCUGCGAAACGAAGAUUCGGGCCCCAUUCUCCAGGGAAUUUACUACGAUUUCGAAGGAGUCUUGAAAACUUGGAGCCCAGGCGGUCAUGUUCAUCUCGUGGGCCAUUUUAUUGGCGAGAAUCGACUGCAGACUUUUAGCAUCGCCCAGGUAAGCGAUACAGACUGGCAUCAGCAAUGUAUGCGCAUUGAAAAUGUGACAGCGUAUAUUCUGAUGCAAAACAAUGUGCAUAAGUAA